AUGGCCCCGAAAGCGAAGAAGGCCACGUCACGGAAGCGCCAAACGUCAAACGCGGACGAGCAACCUGUCAAACGAAGCCGGUGCCAUGCAAACGACGACGACGACGACCAGGAAGAGACCGCUGCCGACCAAUGGGCUGAUCACGAGGACCAAGCUACGAAGACCAAAGGAAGGGGAGGAAAGGGGGGGAAUCGAGGCCGGGGGCAGAGAGCAGCCGCUCAAAAGUGCAUACCCCCGUUAUCGAUGGCAAUCAUCGAUGACGAUUGCCACCGAUCGGGCGCAAUCUCCAUCCCAGCUUGCCACCACUAA